CACAGGCACCCGGUUACUAUCUUGGUGCCUUAACCACUAGACCAAACCGGCUCUCCAUCUCCCUCCAGUUAAGACAGGGGCCGUCCAGAGUGGAGGAAGGGUCGCAGUUCAGAAGCAGAAGAUGAGCAGCGGGGAGGGGGGUCGCGGCAGGGUGGGCAAGCAGGCGGCCAAGAGCUGGGCAGGCCGGGGAAGGGCUUCCGGUAGCUCUCGUGACACCUUCUGUCGCUCCUUCCCCAGCGCACAACUGGUCCUCGUCGUCCGCUCCUUCUCCGGCAAAAGCGGCGGGUCCGGCGGCAGAGAGAGGCGCGGGCGGGGCUUUCCCCAAAAGGGGAAGCAGCGGGGAAAUGCCCAGAGGAAGUGAAAGCCGAGCCAGCUGCUCCAGCAAACGCUCUUCGUUCAGUGGCCGUCCGGCAAACGCCUAGGAUGGCCGAGGUGGUGGUGUCCGCGCUGCUGCUGCUGCUGCUGCUGCUGCUGCUCGCCGCGUCCGGUCUUCCGAGCCACGGAGGAGAGCGGGUUCUCGCCGCGCCCACGGCGGUCCACUUCCAGGCCCGCGUCUUCCAUCACCUGCUUCGCUGGAAAGCGGGCCCUAAAGCGGGCGCCGGGCUCCUGUACGAGGUGCAGUAUCGGCGGCUCGGCAACGACAGCUGGAGAGCCGCCGCCAAUUGUACCCGGAUCGCGCUCCUCUCCUGUGACCUCACCUGCGAAACUCAGCAGCCCGCGGUUCAUUACUUGGCCCGGGUGCGCGCCAUAGCCGGGAACAGCUCCUCCGCCUGGAGACUGACGCGCCGAUUUACGCCUAGCGAAGCAACUCUGUGGCUCUCCAAGGUGACCCUCUCCAGGAGUGGCAACCAGCUCCAUGUCUCGCUGCAGCUUCCCACCAGCUGCUGGGCCAACCUCACUUACGAAGGCAGCUAUGAGGCAUGGGGGGAAUAUCUUGCCCGAGUCCAAAGAGUGUCCAACAAUCAGGAGCUCCUGCAGGUCUACAGCAGCCUGGAAUUUGAUCUGCCCCCACUGCUGUGGGGGGAGCAGUACUGCAUCAGUGUACAGCCUCGUGUGGCCUCCAGGCCAAACGCUGCUAACUGGACAGAGGAGCAGUGUGUCUCAAUACCCACCCUAGAAGAGUACUCUCUCCUUACCCCGAGUUUGGCCCUCCUGACUCUUCUAAGUCUUGGGAUUCUGGGUUCAGGGCUGGGCUUGGCCUCUGCCUGCAAGAAGAAGCCCACAAGGAUGCCUUCAGUCCUGAAAUCACCCCUUGGGCACAGCUUCUGCUGGGGACUGAUGGAGAAAAGCGAUAUCCGCAUCCUACACAUGGAGACCGAGUCCAUCCAGCAACUGUUCUUCCUGGGUCCACAGGAUCACGCACACCUGGAAAGGAGAGGGAGCUGUUGCACUGGAGCGGUGCUUCCAGAGAAGAACUGCCAGCGGGAAGAGGGCAGAGGGCUGGAGGAAGGCAGUGGCUGCAGUGCAGACAGUGGCAUUUGCCUGGAGGAAACCUCUGGCAGCUUGGACAAUCUGCAUUUCACCCUGGACAUUGGUCAAGAGACUGACAUGCAGAAAGAUGCAGGAAGCUUUGGAAUAAAAGAGCAGCUGUUCCCAGGUGAGGGAUCACCACCCAAGGAUGUGACUCAGGCCCAUUUUUCUGGGUACAAGCAACAGUCAGGGGCUCCUUUGAAUCCUGAGGAUUGCCCGCGGCCUCCCUCCAGCAUGGAUGGGGAGGUGCUUCCCCACCCCAGUCUGACUACUGGCUAUUUGAAGCAGACCUUCCUCGGAGCCCCCCCUGGCUUGCAGGGGGUUGCUCUCCCAAAGGACUUUCUUCAUCGUGUGGAUCAGGAGAAAGAGCAGUUCCCACACAGCAUGUCCUUGGAUGUCUUUGGACCAUAGCAAUUGCCCUGUGAGUCAGCUCAGAGGUUGGGCUUCUCUGGACAAGAGCCUCCAUUGCCACUUCCCCUCCAGCGACAGCUGAGCCAGGAUCCCAUCCCCAGAGCUUUCCUUCUCAGUGCUGGAUGUAAGAGGUCUGCCUCCUUCCCGGGAUCCACAAAGGCAGAACCCUGCAGAGAACUAAGAAUCUGUCUUAGAACUUGAGAAGGGAAGAGGGAUCCCAGAUGCAAAGCUCCUGAUUGCUUCAUUGCAUUUUCUCUUCUUUUCAUUGGAUGUAGCUCAAACAUUGAAAAUGGCACUCUCCCAAAGUCUGAUCUGUGAGGUUGGAGGAGAAACUGGGCAUUCCAAAGGCAGAGACAACAACAAAUACAGUGAGGUAGUCCUUGCUUAAUGAGCAGAGUUGGGACCAGCAACUCCAUCACUAAGUGAUCUGGUAAUUAAACAAGGCAUCCUGUGACUGCGACCUGUAAUUUUCCUGCCAGCUUCUCCAUUAGCUCCGCUUGUAUUAAGCUGGCUAGGAAGCUCACACGUUGGUCAUGUGACCGUGGGACACUCUGAUAAUUGUAACUGCCCGCUGGAUGCAAAGUGCCCGAAUCUCAAGACAUGUCUGUGAGGAUACUGCAACAGACGUAAAUGUGAGGACUGGUCGUAACGUUACUUUUUUAGCACCAUCAUAGCUUUGAACAGUUGGUAAACAGGGCAGUUGUUAAGCAAGGACCACCUGUAGUACGGCUCACUCUCCCUUUUCUUCUGAAAAGGAAAGGAAGCCGAAAAGGGCCUUGCACAUGAGAAAGAGCACGAAACAAUGUGCACAAGACUGGAGAGGGCUGUGCUAUGAAAGGGGAGAGUGGAGGCCUCUAGUAGAAAAAAGACCUGCAUUUUUGGAUCCUCUGCAAUGGUUGGUAAAUGUGUGCCUUGGUGCCAUGACUGCCAUCCAAAGGGCCCAGAGCUGCAACCCAGAAUGGGACUCCAUCCAUUUCUCUCUAAGAAAUCCCUUCCUCCUGCCCUGUUUUGCUUUUCCAAAAAUCCGCAGGAGCUGCCCUUUCGCUGACUUUCCUGAUGAAUAAGCUGUGGGGUGACCAUGCUGCUGGCCUGCAAAGUUCCAAGUCCAGCCAUUCCUAAAUAGGAGGGGCCUGGUGUUGGAGGUCUAUCUGGAGUCCUCCCCUAAGAAGGAACUGAAGCAGUGAUAAAGACCCAGGCCUCAGGUACCCGGAUCUCAUGGAGGACUCUGGGGAGGUGGGGAUAGAGACUCUGCCCUUGGCUUGGAAUGGUGCUGGGUAACAGAGGGAGGGGGGCGCUCAGUUGCCCAGGUCUUCUGCAACUCAUAGGACAAGCAGCUGCUCAACAGAAGUCCACCUUAAGUCUUGCCUCCCCCCCCCCGAUCCCCAAGAACCGUCCUCCCAGGCCAAGCUUCCUAAAGAGGGCCCCCCCAGACCAUCUUUUAUUUUAUUUUAUUUUAUUUUAUUUUAUUUAUUUUAUUUUAUUUUAUUUUAUUUUAAUUUAAUUUAAUUUAAUUAUUUAUUUAUUUUAUUUAAAGAAUUUAUAUGAUCACCCAACUCCGACAAUAUGAAAAGCUUACAAGAAACCACUAAAAUAAAAAUAACGAUCAAACUAUCAGGCAGGGUUUUUGUGGUUAAUACAAAAGGAUCGUCUCAAAAAGCCUUGGAUUUUUUUGUACAAACCAACUUUAUUUAUUUUAAACUCAGCUAAAUUAUC